GCCAAUCAGGGCUUCGGAUAAAUAUAGCUAAACUCGAUUUGUAUAAGUAAGCAGAUCGUGUGCUGUGGUUCUACAAUCUGAACAACCAACAGAGUGACGACAUCGAUUCAACUUUACUCUGGUCAAGAUACUCAUAUAUACGAAACUUUCAAAAUGUUCUGCUGUAUGCAACGACAAGUGUCCUUGGAAGGGGUGGUGAGUCAGCCCCGUAAGAAGCUGGUGGUGGUGGGGGACGGGGAGUGCGGCAAGACAUGCCUCCUCUACCGCUUUGCUAAAGACGAGUUCAACGAGCACAUCUACAUCCCUACUGUGUUCGAGGUAGAUGUCACAACAGUCCAGCACUGCAACUCAGAGGUGGAGCUGGUGCUGUACGAUACCGCUGGACAGGAAGACUACGACCGACUGCGUCCCUUCUCCUACCCCGACACCGACAUCGUCCUCAUCUGCUUCUCCGUCAACAACUCCGACAGCCUCGAGAACGUCUCCUACAACUGGGCUCCUGAGAUCCGACACUUCUGCGGCAACGUACCGGUGAUCCUUGUGGGAACAAAGCAGGACCUGAGAGGCGAGACGCCCAGCACGGACUCCAAGGACUCCCCCAAGUCCAAGUCCGGGUUCACCACUGUCCAGCAGGGUGAGGAGAUGGCCUACAGGAUCGGAGCAGUGGCCUACAUGGAGUGCUCAGCGAAACUGAACGACGGUGUGACGGAAGUGUUCACCAGAGCUGUGGCUGAAGCCAUGAAGAAGAAGAAGAAGAAGAGGACUAAAACUGGCUCCGUGACAUGUCCCUUCUUUGCUGUUAAAUGACUGAAGUGAUGUAGGGACUCCAGUGAACACGUUUCCAGACGUUGUGUAAUAAAAAUAAGUGCAGUUUUCAUCACGAAGCCGUGAUGUAGCCUUGUGGGUAUAGUGUCCAUCUGCCACAUCGAAGGUCUGGGUUUGAUUCCCCACGUGAGUACAGUUCGUGAAGCCCAUUUCUUGCAUCGCUAACCGUCACAUUCCUGGAAUAAUGGUAACAGUGGCGUAAAACAAUACUCACUCACUGAUCUGUUCAAAUACUCAGAACGAUAUCCAGUUCUCCAAGCCUGACAUGGUCCACACACACCUGCUAUACGGACAUUCCAGGGAGUCGGACGGUUGAUUCACGAGUAUCUAUAGAUACUGAAGAAGGAAGUUGGUACACCAUGGAUGGCAUCGUGAUACAGGCCUCAUCUGUUUGAUACCAAACCAACCAACAAGAUGGAUUAAUACUCGAGUGAAAGGGGCCACUUCCGAUUGAUAUUGCUACACAGUAUUUGUAUUUUUCAUUAUGUACACUGGUAUCAGGUGGCCUAAUACUUCUCAGGUCGAAGCCCAGGUUUGAUUGUACUUGUAAACAAAUUGUACAUAAAUUCUGUAAGCCACAUUCUUUUAACAUAUUCGAAAUGGCAAUAUUUAGUAAUAACCAGAAUAUCAUUAACGCGUCCAGUGACAAUAGUGAUGCGAAGUUACAUAUAUACAGUAUGUAAGUCAUAGUAUAGAUCUAUUUAAGAAUAAUUAAAACACCUUUCAUGUUUUCCGUGAAAGACUGUGACGUCAUGUUACCCUGGCCCCCCACCCCGGGGCUGUUGAGAGGGGAGGUAUUUCAUCCAUGUUGUUUAUGUGUUGUGAAGUAUCUGUGAUAUUGUUUACCGCCACCUGUGCAAUGGCAUUUAUGGAUUGUUGACUUAAUAAAUUAUUAAUUAAA